AUGGCAGCCGAAGAACGUAGUUUCAAAACCCAAGACUUUACCGUACCGUCGAAUGGAUCCGGUGAAACUAUUCAGGUUCGCAUCAGCGAGCCCAACUUGACGUCCGAGAACUUGGGUCUGGAGACUUGGGCUGCGUCUCACAUUCUGGCAUCUCAGCUUCACCAUCUGGGUCCGAAAAUCCAAUUCCCUGAGCCUAGCUCGGAUGUCCUUCCUAUUCUGGAGCUUGGUGCUGGCACAGGUCUUGUCGGUGUUACAGCGGCAACCCUCUGGAAACAGCCGGUUGUGCUCACAGAUCUGGCACCUUUGGUUCCUGCCUUGGAUGCUAACAUUGAUCUCAACUUGGAGGGUCUCCAANAAGCGAACACAAACAUGGAAGCUGGAACAUUAGACUGGAAAUAUCCUACCACUCUACUCGUCAAGGAGGAGGAGCGACCCCAGACACAGGCUCACGUUAUUUUUGCAGCCGAUACAAUUUACUCGGAAGAACAUCCCGAACUGCUUGCGAAUGUGAUCUUGAAGUGGCUAAGGAAAGACAAGGAUGCUAGAUUCCUGAUUGCAUACCCUUUGAGGGUGUGCUAUAUCGACUACAUCAGAGAGAUGUGGGAGAGACUUGAGGAUGGCGGUAUGGAAGCCAUGGAGGAGGGAAGAGAAGAAGCAAGCCAGGACCUAUUCAACGACGAAAGACUGGUCGAAUGGAGUGUAUGGAAGUGGAAAGAUCUGUAA